ACUGGUACAUGCCCUUGAGCACUUCAUUGCCCAACCAAAGAACCAACAACUAGUCACCCCUGCACUGAGACAUCAUCCACCUUACUCCAUCAUGUCCGCUCUUUCGCUACGACUCGUCCGACCAACAGCAAUCCUCGCCGGUGUUGCGAUAGGUGGUACCAGCUACGCUUUCGUUCGCAGCGUCCACGCAGACACAGGAGCUCCAGCAAAAGUGUUCGGGCGAGUUCCAGCCUUUGUUUCGUUACCACUCGAAAGCAGCGAACAAGUGAACCACAACACAAAGCUUCUCCGAUUCAAGCUGCCGCACGACAGCGACGUUAGUGGCCUCUCCUUGACAUCCGCGGUGCUCACAGCUUCUUGGCCAAAAGGCAGCUGGACGCCUGUUGCACGACCUUACACCCCAGUGUCUCCCUCAGAUGAACCCGGAAAGCUCGAUCUCCUGGUCAAGCGCUAUCCCGGCGGCAAACAAAGCACACACCUACACUCCCUGUCACCCGGCGAUAGUCUCCUGUUCGUGGCCGCACUACGGAGCCAUCAGUGGAAACCCAACUGCGUGCCGCAUGUGACACUGAUCGCUGGCGGUUCUGGUAUCACGCCUAUCUACCAGCUCGCAAGAGGCAUCUUGAGCAACCCAGAGGAUAAGACCAAGAUCACACUAGUAUACGCUGCAAAUUCAGAAGAGGAUAUUGUGCUGAAGAAGGAAUUCGACGGUUUUCAGAAUGACUUUCCGGGGAGGUUCGAGGCUGUGUACGCUGUCAGUCAACCAGCCGAGGGAUCGACAUUCCGGAGGGGCCGCGUGUCCAAAGAGCUGUUGUCUGAGGUCACACAGUCGAAGGACGGGAAAGUAUUCGUGUGUGGGCCGCCUGCCAUGGAGACCGCGCUCAAGGGUGACAAGAAGACAAAGGGAAUCCUGGAGGAGUUGGGAUACAGGAACGACCAGAUACACUCUUUUUAAGCCUCAUGUGUAGACCAGCGAUUGUACGAGUACUGUGGGAUAUUAGGUGUUCCAGCAAACUUACACAUGACGGACGAUUCACUAUAUUGCAAGUAUGAGAGAAUUGGUUCGCUGGACUUGAAGACCUGGUCGAAGAGUGACAGCAAGGAAUAUCUACCAACAUCUACUCAAGGCACCGUCGAUAUUCCACCUCCAUCUCCUAGGGAACAAUGUAACAGCUGAAUGCACUGUGCAGGUCUAGUAUUUGCUAACUAUGUCUCAACACUGUUCAACUGU